AUGAAGACACUUGUCCUCCUCUCUGCCCUUGCCCUGCUGGCCUUACAGGUCCAGGCUGAUCCUAUCCAAAACACAGAUGAAGAGACUAAAACUCAGGAGCAGCCAGGGGAAGAGGACCAGGCUGUUUCUGUCUCCUUUGGAGGCACAGAAGGCUCUGCUCUUCAAGAUGUAGCCCAAAGAAGAUUUCCGUGGUGCCGGAAGUGCCGAGUGUGCCAGAAGUGCGAAGUGUGCCAGAAGUGCCCUGUGUGCCCGACAUGCCCCCAGUGCCCAAAGCAGCCAUUGUGCAAAGAAAGGCAAAAUAAAACUGCUAUCACCACCCAAGCUCCAAAUACACAUCAUAAAGGCUGUUGA